UCCAAAGCCUCUCAAAAAGUGAUCCACAAAGCAUAAAGAGAGAACACACACAAAUGCCCUAUAAAGUACACUACAUGUUUCAAAAAGAGAAAAGAGGAAACAAGCAAAGCCCCAACAGCUUCACCAUUCAUGCAGAGAAGAUGAAGUUGGAAGCUGAAACCAUUGGAGUAUCCAAAAGAAGACUAAUGGGCAAAGGCAUGGGUGCCCUUCUCAAAGAAGGUAGAGGAAGGUUUUAUAUACUCAGAAGAUGUAUCAUUAUGCUUCUAUGCUCCCAUGAUUAGUGAGUGUUUAUAACUUUUGUUCUGAAUAUAGUACUUUUACUAUAAAUUUUGUAUAUCAUUCUCUACUUAAGAGAGAAGAGAAAGAAAGUUGUUCUAGUUCACAUAAAACUACAACUAAUUGCUUUCUUUUA